UCUCUCUUAUCCCCGUGGAAGCACGCGCCCACCCGCCCGUUAUCUGCCUCUCUCUCUGUCCGCUGGUUGUUGUCUCACGAGGCUUGAGUGUGACCGUGUCACGGUAUCAUGGUUUGCAGGGCUCAGCCGCAGUAGCAGCAGAAGAAGAGAAAGAAGUAGAGACARUAGCUGUGUGUACCAAGCAGCCAGUCCGGAUUCUCUACCAUCUCCCGUCUAUCGACCGGAGGACGCAGCCCUACUGAACCGAACAUCCCCCCAUCUCUUCCCGUCUCUCUCGCUCCCUCGUCCCCAUCGCGACGCUCGGUGAUCAGGAGCUUGCGGAGCUCUCUCUUAGAUAAAGGGUUGUGACCAGGGGCCUGGUAGGUGUUGUUGCCACUGAGACCGAGUGUGUGUCGCCACGGUGUUGCGUCGUUGCCAUGGGGAAACAGAACAGCAAGCUACGGCCAGAGAUGCUUCAGGACCUGAGAGAGAACACGGAGUUCUCCGACCACGAACUACAGGAGUGGUACAAGGGCUUCCUAAAGGACUGUCCCAGCGGCAACCUGAACGUAGAGGAGUUUAAGAAGAUCUACGCCAAUUUCUUCCCUUACGGAGAUGCCUCCAAGUUCGCCGAGCACGUCUUCCGAACGUUUGACACCAACAGCGACGGAACCAUCGACUUCCGGGAGUUCAUCAUCGCGCUGAGUGUCACGUCACGGGGAAAGCUGGAGCAGAAACUGAAGUGGGCCUUCAGCAUGUAUGACCUGGAUGGGAAUGGGUACAUCAGCCGUGAUGAAGAUGCUGGAGAUCGUCCCAGGUGAGACAUGGGAUUUGUAGUCUGGUGGAAGUCGUACACGUAAGACAUGGGAUUUCGUAGUCCUGGUGGAGGUCGUACAGGUGGAGACAUCGGAUGUGUAGUCCGAUGAGUCCUGAAGGAGGUCAUACAGGUGAGACAUGGGAUUUGUAGUCCUG